UUCAGUCCCUGACAACUCGGCCUCAGUGCUGAGGCCUCCUGGCGCCACAUCAUCAGAGUGCGCCGGCGGGCUCCACCCGUCUGUCCUUGUCAGCGGGAGGGAUGGAGAGCGGCGGCGAGGAGCAGCAGCAACAGCAGAGGAAGAAAAUGACCUCGGAGCGGAGAAGAGCCGAGCUCCGACGGAGGAAGCUGCUGCUGAACUCGGAGGAGCGGCUGAACCGAAUCAUGGGUUUCAGCAAGAGCGGGGCGGAGGAGAACCGGACAGAGUCUCUUCCACCAUAUGAACUGGAGAAAACCGUGUCACUGCAGAACUCAGGCCUUUCCAAAAGAACUCCAGGAAUUCCAAAUGAAACUGCUGAUGGCUCAGUGACAUCCAUUCAUUAUACCAAUGGAACAGAGCUUCAAGGGCCCUAUUCUGCAGACAGGAGAGACUCGCUGAAUAAAAUUAAUGAGGCUGACAAUGAUUUGGGGCAAGGAAGCCGUAACCUAGGUAAACCAGAUGUGCCGGUAGAGCAGACCCAGCGUGCUCCACGUCAUGGUAUUGAGCAGUAUAUAUCACGAUUCGACGAAGCGAUGAAACUUAGAAAUCAACUGAUGAGUGAGAAGUCUGGUCAUGAGAAUGGAGGUGGGGGUGAAGAGUUUGGUACAUUCCGUGUUUUCCGAUUAGUGGGGAGUGCUCUGCUAGCCUUACUGGUUAGAGUCUUUGUAUGCAAAUACCUGGCCAUUUUUGCCCCAUUUCUGACUCUUCAACUUGCAUACAUGGGCUUGUCAAAGUACUUUCCGAAGAGUGAAAAGAAGGUAAAGACGACCGUAUUGACUGCUGCCCUGCUUCUGUCAGGAAUCCCUGCUGAGGUCAUCAAUCGUUCCAUGGAUACGUAUGGGAAAAUGGGAGACGUGUUUGCAGAUCUCUGUGUCUAUUUUUUCACCUUUAUCUUUUCUCAUGAAGUAAUUAUUUUUAUUGGUGUUGAUUUGCCUUGACGUCAUUGGUUUGGGAAGGGGAAGGAAACAACAAUAGUCAAGCUUUGUUUCAUCUAACUUUGCAAUUUUCACUGUGCCAUUCUUCAGUCUUAAUGGGCACUGGAUCUUUCAGGCUGUCGCAGGCUCUCAAGUUCUUUCUGAAUCAACCUGUCCAGAAAUAAUUGAAAGGAAAAUGAUGUUUACAGACAAAAAUUUCAAUUCUUCACAUUGGUGUUCCUUAACCAAGAACAUCAAGAAAUACUUUCCUUUAAUUUAGUAUGCAGAGUUUGACAUCAAAUGACGCAUUAGUAGUCUUAGAAAGCUGUGUCAAAAUGUGGAAAAAGUCACACGUUUGUGUCUGUAUAUACAUGCAUAUAUAUCUGUGUAUGCUUAUAAGCCAUCUAUAGUACAAAAGUGCUGUAACUCAAAUUACAGAUGUGCAACAAAAAAAAUUAGCUUUUUUAUUUUUAAAAGUUCACAUUACUAUUAGCUGAAUGCUAUUAUAGCCUACUUGUCAGACAUCUGGCUGUACUGGUUUGAUGCCAUGCUUUACCUGCAAGAAUCCACUGUCCAGGGUAUUUAUUUUUCUUUAACUGUGAUAUACUGUGAUUAAGUUAUUUGACCCAUGUUUUGUAUUUAUAUUAGGUUAUCUUAUUUGUAGACACUUGUUGGAUACUAUGCAUUUCGUGUAAGUUGUUGAAGAGCAGAGUGAACAUUUUCAUUGUGCAAUUUAAAAUUAAUUAAAAGUUAAAUGCGUAACACUUUAUAUAUUUAUUUUAAACAUUUGUGCAAAUCCAAAAAAUGUCACUGUUAUAAAAGGUUAUUUUACAACUGAAAGAUCACUCUCUGAUUUCAUCCUCAUCCAACUAUGCAGUGUUGGAAGUUAAUAAACUUUUCAUUUAUGCAAUCCAUACUUCCCUCCUUAAGAAAAGGGGCAGGAUGAACUAGUGAUGUGGAUGCAAAUUAGACACCAUUGAAUUUGUCCCCUAAAAUGUGUGUGCUUGUUUAGUAAGGCAAGGUCAUUUUCUUCUGUUUUAGUGGCUGCAAAACAUACCACCUAAUGUUUAUAAGCUCAAAUUUGGAGUAAAAUCCCAUGUUAGAUAAAUCAGGUUUCCACUGA